CUGGCCGGGGUAGACACACGGGGCGGCUGGGGGGGGGCCCGAGCGCAACCUGCCCAGGUCUCCCUCUGGCCGCAGAAGGGGCUGGGCCUGUGCCCCAAGCUCCCGGGCACAGCUCGCCAGGCCCGGCCCCACGCUGAGCUCCCCGGUGCAGCGAGCCUGGGCCAGCCCGGAGCCCGGCAGAGCCCCCCACAGCCCAGGAGGGAGGUGAGCGCCCCCCUGCUCAGGCUGACAGGACACGAGGCUGGUUCAUUUUCUCCAGCUUCGCUCAGGCUCUCACUAGCACUAGGACCCUUGAGCGCUUCACUGGGGCUCUGCGUUCCCUACUAGGAGUGUACAAUGUCACCACUCUCCCCACAACAGCUGUACAGUGCCAGGUGCUCGAGCCUGACUGGCCUGCUUAAAAAUAGCCACAACCCCGUGCUCUGGGGGAAUGCCACAGAGAUGGCUGCCGCUGCCUGCCACCCACCCACCCGAUUCCACCACGUCCAUGGCACCAACAUCUGCAUCGACCCCUCGCACACUCAGGCCACCCGGGUGGAGAGCUUUGCCAACGGGCUAUGUUUCAGCCAGGAGCCCCUGGAGCCUGGGCAGAUCUUCCUAGUGGAGAUUGAGGAGAAGGAGCUGGGCUGGUGUGGCCACUUGCGGGUGGGGCUAACAGCACAUGACCCAAGAAGCCUGGAUGUGGUGCCCGAGUAUUCGCUCCCAGACCUGGUCAAUAUGGGGGACACCUGGGUUUUUGCCAUCACCAGGCAUCACAACCGUGUUAUUCCAGAUGGCUCGGAGGCUCGGGUCCAAGGCUUCCUCUCAGACCCCUACCUGCUCAUAGAACAAGUCAGGAUUCCCCGAGACAAGCUGGUGGGACGAAGCAGGCCCAGCCAGUACAGCCACAUGCUGGAUGACUUGUACAAGACAAAUGUGCUGCCCCCGACAGCCCGGAGGAGCAGGAUUGGGGUGCUGUAUGCCGUCCGGUCUGACGGGAUGGCAGACAUGCACAUCAUCAUCAAUGGAGAGGACAUGGGACCGAGUGCCAGGAGCCUCCCUGCCUCCCGCCCACUCUAUGCAGUGAUCGAUGUCUUUGCUUCAACCAAGAGCGUCCGUGUCAUCCAAGUGGAAUAUGGCUUCCCUUCCUUGCAGACCCUCUGUCGACUGGUCAUCCAGAAGCACAUUGUCCACCGAUUGGCCAUUGAUGGGCUGGACCUGCCUCCGCUCCUGAAGAACUUCUGCAAAUAUGAAUGAGAUGGCAAGAUCUCCCUCAGCAGGCAGGCCCUUCAAACUUGAAGCCCCUGUGAGUGACCAAGAAUGGCCUUCCAGAAAGGGAUCCAUGCUUCCAGAACCGCUCUUCCAUCUUCACCCAAGGAGCCCCAGGAGCAGAGGUGGUCCCCCCACUUCACAGCAGCUGACUGGAACCUCAGCAGUUACACCCAUCCUGACAUCCACUGUGCCGUGGAAGUGUGCAGUGCCAUAAAUGGCACAGAGACCACGGGAAUGGCAGAGCCUUGCAGCACAGACAGUCAAUAGCAGCAAUGGGGGGAUUCCCUGCACACAAAGGGACACGGAGGGAUUGGUGCAUGUGCCAGAUUGUUGUAGAAAUGAGAGGAUAAUAAAGUGCUUCAAAACAGAAGCAAAUUGUUGGGA